AUGCACCCUCCAUCUUACAACUUCAUCGAGCUGGUCAACAAGUGUGUCCAAAUCACCCACUACUACCUCUGCGGCCACAACCGAGUCGACAAGGCCGGCUGCGCCGUGUCGAAGCGGAGAGCGUGCGGCGUGCUCAACAACCGCUCCGUCCAUCACGAGACAAAGUGCUUCGACUGCGGCGAGGGCUAG